UUAUUCCAAAGACAGAGUUGUACUCGUGCGCGGCCGUCGGAAGGCAAGUAGGAAAUCGGAUGGAUCGGACGUCUGAUUCCCAGUGCUAAAUAAAAUCCCUGCUCCCACCGCUGUGCCUGCCGGUACUGUAAUCUCCAGCCCCUCGAUCUUCCCAUCGCGCUGCGGCUCCCCCUGUCGACGUCUACCUCGCUGGCGGCAUGAGCAGCGCGCUACCGCCGCCGCCAAAUUACCAAGAGCAAGAAGGAGAUUCUCGCGAGGACAAGAAGAGGAGAUUACAUCAAGGCCACGCUCGAGAAUCAACUAGCAGACAACCGGAUGAAGAUCUGGAAAACAUGUUCUCCUCGUUAACGAUUGAUAACAUACUCUCUCAAGGAACUUCAGGAGAUUGUUGCGAGAAUAGGAAGAGGAAAUGAUGCCAAGGAUCCGUUGGAGAUUCAACUAACCCAUCACCGGAUGAUAUAUUGGAAAACAUGUUCUCAGCGCUUGCGAUCCAAGAUUCCACAUUUAAUACUUCUGUUUCUAGUCGACCGAGGGAAAAGAGCUCUAUUCUUCUAUUCCGGGAGAACACUAUUUUCUCCGGGGAAAAUUCAGGUCGCGCCACUACCAUUGAGUGCAAUGAUCCAGACUCUAGGAGUUCGAGAUCAGACAAAUUCAUUGAUAGAGUAAAUGACCGGCUGCUGCGCCAUGUCGGAACCGGGGUUAAAGUUUUUGAGGUUCAUUUUGAUCUGAACUCCACCCAUGCUGCACACCUUGACAAAUGGGUCCAGUUUGCGUCAAAGUCAGAUGCAAAACUUGUGAGACUUCACUUGUGUAAAAAUGGAACACCUUGUUCUGGGCAUUCUGUGACUGCAAGUCGUUAUUACUUCCCUUUGCAUUGUUUCGGCGAUGGACAAGGAUCCUCUUUGUGGAAGCUAUCCCUGACGAACUGCAUACUCCGACCAUCGAUGCAUUCCAGUACCGUUUCCUCUCUCAAAAGCCUUGAUCUAAUGUGUGUCACAAUAGUUGAUUCUGAUAUCCAAAACAUUUUCUCUUGCUGCCCUCUUCUCCGCUAUUUGAGAUUGGGAAGGUGCCAUGAUUUGGUUAAUAUAAGGAUUUCCGUUGAAACACUGAUACAAUUGGAUAUAUAUAAUUGCAACAAGUUGGUGAGUAUUGAGAUUAAUUCCACCAGCCUAGCCUUCUUUGGCUAUGAUGGACAUGAGGUGCACAUCAAAUAUGCGAGUACACCCAAUAUGAGGACAAUAGUAACAAAGUUCCGGAACAAAAAUUGUUCUCUUUCGAAGCAUUUAAACGACAUGAAAAGGAUCAAGAGCGUCACCUUGACAUUUCUUUCACCAUGUGAGGAGCACGGUUUCAUUAUGUACGCGAAGAAAUUCUCUGUAUUAAAGUUUAUCAACUUGUUUAUUUUGCCAUCUUGGAAUAAUGUUCUUGCAGUAGCUUAUCUCCUUGAAGCAACUCCUUGUCUUAGAAGACUGCAUCUAGCAGCAUGCAGCGGACAACACCAUUAUGUGGACAACGACCAAGUUAGUUGGCCCAUGGGUUUUUCUCUUAAGAAGCUCCGUGUAAUUUUUGUAGAAGGUUUUGCUGCGCAAGCCCCGCUGAUUGAGCUUUUGGAAUGCCUGGUGCGUGCGGCCACUGAUUUGCUGCUUCUCAAGAUCGCUCUACAUCACCAUGUUUGCAAAACAAUGGGUAAAUGGGUCAGGAAGAACGUUGGUAACGAGAUGGCGAGGGAUCACGCGCGGAACGUUACGAGGGAGACCAUCGGCCCUAAACUCCCACCUUCUGUAAAGCUCCUCAUCGAAUGAUUCGAGUAAAGUGGGGUGUUAGGAUCUCAUGAUUGGGAGAAGGGCCUGCAGGACGAUGAUUUUCGUGUUCAUUUUUUGGCCUGGCUAUUGUCAUGUGCCGGCGAUGGUUGGAUUUAUUUUGAGGGAUCAUCUGUGUAGAUUGCAUGCCAUAGUGUAGGCUUAGAAAGCUCUGCUUUUUUCAGAAUGGACGAAGUAAGGAGAAAA